AUGCCGUUCUUCAGAGUCCUAAAAACAGGCGGGUUUCCGGUUGAAGUUUACUGGAUAUCGGAAACGAUUAGUGGAGUGCGGACCAGGAUGGAUCAAGCACUGUAAAGGCUGUUUUUGACUAUGGCAACUAUGGGGGAGGAGUCAUGUCCCAGUGUCACCGCCCCUGCUGAUACCCCAGGCUCCGCCUCCAGUCCACAGAGUGAUGCCGUAACCAAUGAGCUGCAAGAACUGUCUCUUCAGCCCGCCCUCAGCUUGCUUCCUAUUCAUGAGAGGAAGAAUGUGCUUCAACUCAGACUUCAGCAGAGACGGACUCGAGAAGAGCUGGUUAAUCAGGGGAUCAUGCCACCACUGAAAAGUUCUGCAUCCUUUCAUGAGCAGAGACGAAGUUUAGAACGAGCUCGGACUGAAGACUACCUGAAGAGAAAGAUCCGCAGUCGUCCAGAGAAGUCAGAGCUGGUCAGGAUGCACAUUCUUGAAGAGACGUCAGCAGAGCCGUCUCUACAGGCCAAGCAGCUUCUGCUGAAACGAGCUCGACUAGCCGACGAUCUGAACGAUAAACUCUCCCAGCGACCCGGACCGAUGGAGCUCAUUCACAAAAACAUCCUUCCAGUGCACAGCAGCCUCAAACAAGCCAUCAUAGAGACGGAGUUUCCAAAAGUAGAUGUGGAGAGCUCUUCGUUUGACGAGGAAAGCAGUGACGCGUUCUCCCCCGAGCAGACCCUUCAUCAGGACUCUCCCCUCGGUCAAGGACACUUACCUUUACCACCUGAGAUACCGGCCAGUGAAACAACACCAAAACAGGUCCCGCCCCCUCCUCCUCCUCCUCCUCCUCCUCCUCCACCACCGCUUCCGAACACAGCUGGCCCCGCCCCUCAGCAGAAACUAACCAAUGGAACAACAGGCCACAAGCAAGCUCCUGCACUACAAAAGGGUGGUAAAGGGGGUAGUGAGCGCCCUAUUCAGCGCUCUAAGAAGGUGAGAGAAAACAAACCAAAGGUGAGGAAGCUGAAGUAUCACCAGUAUGUUCCUCCAGACCAGAAGCCCGAGCGUGAGCCUCCACCUCUGCUGGACUCCUCCUACACCAAACUCCUGUAUCAGCAGCAGCUCUUCCUCCAGCUGCAGAUCAUCAACCAACAGCAGCAGAACUACAACUACCACACCAUCCUGCCUGCUCCACCCAAGCCUCCUGCUGAUCAGCAGCCUGCCUCAGCUAAUUGCCCGUCACCAUCCAAAAAUGACACGCCCCCCCAAUCAACAUCCACUAAUCUUACUGGUCAGAAUCAGCAGACCCCUGCAAUCGGAGGUGGAGUUAAAUCAGGACCCCUGCCUUCCAACCUGGAUGAGCUGAAGGUGGCAGAGCUGAAGCAGGAGUUAAAAGUGCGGGGCUUAACCGUCUCAGGCACCAAAAAUGACCUUAUUGAGCGGCUGAAAAAUUUUCACGAGCAGAAUGGUGGCAUCUACACACCAGCAACACCUAAAACCAACACACCAGCAGCCCCCGUAGUGGGAGGAGUCUCGUCCUCCAUCCAGUCAGCAGACAGGAGUGUGGGGGUUGCUUCCUUCUCAUUCAUUGCUUCUGCAGAAAGGGGUGGAGCUCAGAUGACAGCGCCUCAGAUAAUGCAGUUUGGAAGCACAAGCUCCUCCCCUCCAGUUUCCCCCGCCCACUCAGAGCUCUCAUCGACUGGAAUGAGCCCAGAUGAAACCAGCUGUAAUGGGGAUGCUUUUGGGGAAAUGGUGACCUCUCCUCUUACCCAACUCUCCUUGCAACCUUCUCCUCCUCUCCCUUCCACGGUCUGCAUUAAAGAGGAGCCCGGCAGCCGGACGUCUCCUUCCUCCUGCUGUCUGGUGUCCCAGUCUGCAGCGCCCCCUGUAGAUAAGGACCAGAUGCUGCAGGAGAAGGACCAGCGCAUUCAGGAGCUCACACGCAUGCUGCUGCAGAAACAGCAGCUGGUCGAAUCUCUGCGCUCGCAGCUGAAGGGCAAACGUGUCGGCACUGCAGUCCGAGCGAAUGAGGAACUUCCUGGUGUCACUAUGGAGCUGAUCAGAGCGGCCAUUAAAGAGGAGGUCAUAGAGGUGAUCGAAGACAGUGAGAUGGAGACAGAGCCGCAGGUGUUCCCGCAGACAGGAGCGAUGCAGCAGCAAAGGACGGCGGCUGCAGUAGAGCUGGAGCAGGACCAGCAGCAGCAGCAGCAGCUCAUAAUGCAACAGAAUCAGCGCAACCUGCAGCAGCAAGUACAUCAGAGGAAGAGGAAAACCCAAAAACAGCAGCACAACCAACAAAAACAACAGUUGCCUCAAGCACUUACCAACCAGCAGUCAAGUCCUGUUUCUUCAUUCCCAGUGGAUGUACUGAACUCAAACUCCACCCCCAACAUAGUGACCGACAGCAAUGGCAACCAGUUCCUGCUAACUCUGUCGAAUCAAAACACAGAGGCACCUGCCAGAGGCCGCCGCUCCCAGGGCAAAAGACUGCAGUCUACGCCCACCAUGUUUACCAACCAAUCUGUGACUGAAUUCCUAAACAAAAACAACCAAUCAGAACAGCCCAUACAAACUGUCAUUUUGAAACAGCCAAUCAAAAAGGCACUAAAGCCAGACCUAAACGUGACGACCAAUUACAAAGCAUCAAGCUGCACAUCCAUCUCAUCACCAGCCAAUAUCCAUCCAUUCCUCUCUCCAAUGGAUUCCAUGAACAACACCGAAGCCGUCCCCUCAUCUCCCAACAACAACACCGAGGAGAUGUCUGUGAGUUUGGACCAGCAUGCUUUGCUCUCUCCUUCCACCUUGUGUUCACCCAUAGCUCUUUGUCAUCAGGAGAAUGGCUGCCAUCAGCAGGUAGACGACCUGUUUGACAUCCUAAUUCAGCGUGGAGAAAUCUCAGAGAAUUUCAAAGCUGCACCUGAUCCUGUUCUCGAAAGGCUUCGGCCGAACACGCCUCUUUCCUCAAGCUCCUCCUCUCUCAGUCUUUCCCGUCCUCCUGAUAUGCCCCUCAAAACUUUAAUUUUAGAACCUCAGCCUUCUUCAGUUAAGACGCACAGCAGCUGUAACCCAGGAAGUGGGCGUCUUGAAGACUUCCUGGAAAGCACUACUGGCAAACCUUUGCUGGGAGUGGAGCCAGGAGGACCGACGACGCUAAUUGUUGACCUUCACAACCAAAUGCUCAGCACACCGAGUAUCCUAGACCACCCACGUUCCCCAAUGGAUACAUGUGACAUGAGCUUUUCCACUCACUCGCCUUUAGAUUUGAUAGACUCCGCCCCCGAUUCUAUGGAUUGGCUGGAGCUCGGAAUGGGCGGGACUGGAGGGGAGGGGCCUGGGAUGGUACAUAUGAAUGGACACAGCUCCUCUAGCUUAUUUUCCACAGACUUUUUGGACACUUCUGAUAUGAAUUGGUCCAGUUUAUAGCUCAUGGGAUAUCGCAGACUGCAGUAUUUUGGGAAGGGCCUAUUGUGGAUUAGCUUCCUUCACAUAGUACAGUUUAUAUUUGUUUCCACUAGUGACUUUUCCCGUUUGGACGCAAGUAUGGAUUUUCAAAAUACUAACUUAAAUUAGAUUAUGUUACAUAUCGACAGACUUUAUCCUUCCGCUUAGCUUGCAUAAAUGCUCACAGCCCUGACAGCACACAUAUGUCAAAGAGCCGUUUACACAUCGUUUUUAUCUGGGAGUCAUUUGUUCAUCUGAAACACUUCGAUCUUCACAUUUGGAUAUUAGAACAAGAUAUUUCUGUGUUUUUAUCAUUUCAAAUACAUGAACUGCUCUUUUAUUAAUGACCUUUUAAACGAGAUCCGUUCCAGAUGAUGGAGUCCUUCAAAUGUAUCUGUGAUGUUUGUGUGCUUAUGGACAUAUCCAUACUUUCAAUCAAUAUACCCUGAUUUUGCAUCCGUUUGAGCAAAUUAAUUCACUAAGUGCAGCUUUUUGAGUUUCAUUCACCUUGACAUUUGAUUAUGCUGCAGGAAUAGUUUUUCAGAUUUUACCUGCUUUACCAAAGAUAUCUGGUAGACUUAUACAUAACUCAACAGCUUUGAAACAUACACCUGGAUUUUACCAUUUAUAUUAUUGAGCCAAUGUUGCUAAAAAGUUCAUAGCGUAAGCCAACAGAUUUCGUAACUCUUUUCUUAGCAUUGAUAUUCAUAUGUUACCAUAAGUGUAUCAAUGUUAAUAUAGAUAAUAAUUUGUUAUUGUUAUUAUUAUUGAUCAUUAGUACUUAACACUGUUUAAAUUCAGUUAGAUCUUUGUUAAACAAGAGACUCUCAACAGGUACAUGUAUCCACAGCUACUAAUGUUCAACAUUGUGCCAAAAUAUUAUUUUAUGGCUAUAUAGAUAGCCUGUAAGCUAUUCAAUAUUUAAUUGAAAUAUAAUACAAUAACUGGACUAUGCUACUUUUUUCCCAUUAUGGAAAGACAAGCCAUUCACACCUUAUUUUGUUGCAUUUCCUAGCAUUGCAACCUGAUGAGAGCUCCUUGAGGAAGUUUUAAUUGCUAUGUUAAUAGGACAAUAUUAAACAAUUCCCAGAGUGCUUGAUAGUUAAGUGAAUGAAUCCGAACUAAUAGCAGUGUGUUACUACUCGUCCUUGCUAGGUUUACAUUGCCAAUCUUGACCUCAGUAUGAGACAUUUUUAUCACAUUUUGGCAAGCUUAAAAGAGGUAUUACUGCUUCAUAUUUGUUAGACCCAGUAAAUAUUUUGACUAGUGCAUGAUAUAUACAUGGAGAGUUCUGAGAAAUUACUUUAUUACAGUGUUUUAAUUUAAUGUUCUUAAAAAUCAAACAUGCCCUGUACCUUUCAAAAAUGUUUAUAAAUCUGCAUUUUGCAUUGUAUAUACUUUUAUGCAUUUUGCGUUUUAUAUACAAUUUUGCAUUUGUAUAUGAACUGAUGUUGUAUAUGCCAAUCACAGUACACAGCGUACUGUAUGGACUGCACUGUAUUUUAUCAAUACUUCUGUCUGUGAGCUGUAAGCUAAGUUUUGAUAAAGGAAUAUGCACCUA